AUGGGUAGCGGCAGUAGCUUCAGGGUUAGCUCCAAGGUUUCUCAAAUCCUUACAUUAAUGUUUUGGUAUUUACAUUUUGCAUUUUGUGGAUAUAACAUCUGCAAAUUUGACCUGCCAUAUCUUAUUGAGAGAGCUCAAGCCUUGAAAAUAGCAGAAUUUCCUAUUUUGGGCCGUAUCAGGAACAGUAGGGUCCGAGUAAAGGAUACAACUUUUUCAUCUAGACAGUAUGGAACCAGAGAAAGUAAAGAAGUUGCUGUAGAAGGGAGAGUUCAGUUUGAUCUGCUCCAGGUUAUGCAAAGAGACUACAAAUUAAGUUCUUAUUCUUUGAAUUCUGUUUCAGCACACUUUCUUUCUGAGCAGAAAGAGGAUGUUCACCAUUCUAUCAUAUCUGAUCUUCAGAAUGGAAAUGCAGAAACUAGGAGGCGCCUUGCUGUGUAUUGUUUAAAGGUUCAUAUUUUGAUUUGUUUCUCUCGUAGUAUGCUUUGUGCAACUACCAUUUGGUCUGCAUUUUAG